AUGAGCUGCCUGGAACACGUGAAUCCCAGGGUGAGAGGGAUUGGCGUGCCGCCACUCGCACACCUACAACGUUUGGCUGUUCACAUCACUCAAGAGAUCAACCUCGGGGUCAAGAAGCCUUUCAAGGAGGUCAUUGAUGUCAGCUCAGGGGAUCCCCAUAAAUCAGGCAUGAAACCGAUCUCAUUUGUCCGACAGGUCUUGGCAGGGUGUAUAUACCCUCAGCUGCUGAAGGGCAAUCAUCUGCCUCCGGAUGCUAGCAUGAGAGCCCAGAAGCUCCUGGAGGUUUGUGAUGGAAACAGUGUAGGGUCCUACACGGCUUCUUCUGGCCUGUUGCAUGUCAAGCAAAGCAUUGCAGAGUUCAUAGAAAGACGAGAUGGAAUCUCUGCCCACACCAGUGACAUCUUUAUUUCUGCUGGUUCUCAGAGGGCCUUGAUGGUGGUUGUGAAGCUUCUGGCGAGUGGUGAGGGAGAGACUCCAACAGGGGUUUUGACCCCCAUACCCUGUCCACACACACUCCCCAUGUUGUUGGAUGAAGAAGGAGUGAUGCUGGUGCCCUACCAGCUCAUAGAGGACCAGGGCUGGGCUAUUGACCUGGAAGAGCUGAAUUUUGCCUUGAAAACCCCUCGGGGGGGAUAUCAGCCAAGAGCUAUUUACAUUAGCAACCCUGGAAACCCCACCGGCAAUGUUCAAGACAGGAAAUCAAUAGAAGAAGUGAUUGGUUUUGCUGCACGGCAAAAACUACUUCUGCUGGUUGAUGAGGUGUACCAAGAUAGUGUCCAUGAAAAGGGAAGACAAUUUAUUUCCUACAAGAAAGUCUUGUUUGAGAUGGGCAAGGAGUACUCUGAGAUGGUGGAAUUGAUCUCCUUCAACUCACUAUCCACAGCCUGCAUGGGAGAAUGUGGUCUGAGAGCCGGGUACAUGGAGGCUGUCAACAUUGACCCACAGAUUAUGCAGGUUUUUGAUACCAUGCUGUGUACUGACAUCAGUACUCCAGUCACAGGACAACUUGCUCUGGAUCUCAUGGUCAACCCACCAAAACCCAUGGACGCUUCCUUUGAUGUGUACGCAAAGGAGAUGUUCUACAGUUGGUCUACUCUGUCCCAGAACGCUCAGCGGGCGCAUGAGUACCUAAAUAAUCUACCAGGGAUAACCUGUCAGCCGGCGAUGGGGGGAAUGUACAUUUUCCCCCGUCUUCAAUUGCCCUCUCAGUUGGUACACCAGGCCAAGAUGCUGGAAGUGGAUGGAGAUGUUAUUUACUGCCAGAGGUUGCUGCAGGAAGAAGGCGUAUUUGUCGGGCCUGGAGGUUUGAAUAUGAGAAAUAAUGCGGAUUGCUACAUCAGAGUGUGUAUCCUUGUCCCCCCUGACACCCUGACAGAUGUGCUGGCUCGCCUUUCCUCUUUUCACCGCCGUCAUUGGGCCAACACAAGUAGCCACCCGUGUCAGAAUCGAACAUAACACCACAAAAUAAACCGGUUUUGUCAUGC